AUGAAGAGAGGAAGAUUUAACCAUUCUAACAAACGCCGCCCCGGAGGGCCAAACAGCAACGGAAGGCCGCACGGACGAAAUGAUCGUUCGCGCCAGCGAUCCGGCGUGUCGUACAUUUCGGAGAAGGACAUUUACUGUACCGAGUACAUGUCCAGUCUGCAAGGGUUCCAGGGUGUCCUAAAAUCGAGAUUUUCCGACUUUCACGUGAAUGAAAUCGAUCCCACCGGCGUGCCGGCGAUCCUUACGGACACUUCCCUACCGAAACAGCCCACGGAUGGAGCGACGGUGACCAAUGACAAAGGGGAAGCGAUCGACCCAGACGAGGAGCUGGUACGGUUGAUAAAGGCGGAAAACUUGUCGCGAAUUCUGGCCAUGGUCAGUGGGGAAAAGGCAUCGUCCGAAGAAGCGUUCGUCGAGGUUGAUGUGACCGAGCUGUCGAAGCAAGAUCGCACCACGAUCCACAACCGCGUGAAGGCGCUGUUCGGCAAGGCUGUCGUGGGAUCGACGGUGAACCACGACGAUCGCAAGUGGAUCCGUUUCGUACCGUACAGCAAAGGGUCGCUGGCAGAUCGGCGCGAAAAGUGGCUCUGGCCCCACCCGUACACGUACUUUAUGCUGUACAAGGAAAAUCUGGACACAAUACAAGCCACGCUGCAGCUCUCCCAGAAGCUCCACUGUCCACCGUCGGCACUAACGUACGCCGGAACGAAGGACCGGCGAGGUAAAACCACCCAGUGGGUUUGCAUUAAGAAGCGUGAACCGGCAAAGAUUGCUGGGGCCGCACGCGGCAUUCCGAACCUUAGCGUGGGCAACUACACGAACAAACCCGAAACACAGCUGGGCCAGUUGCGGGGAAACGUAUUCCGCAUCGCCCUGCGCCAGGUAACGGCCGAAGAUGAGACGAUCAACGCUUGCAUGGAGCACUGGCGGGAGCACGGAUUCAUCAACUACUACGGACUGCAGCGUUUCGGGAACUGCGCGUCCGUGCCAACGUACCGCGUCGGGAUCGAACUGCUCAAGGGGUGCUGGAAGGAGGCCUGCGAGUUAAUUAUGAAACCCCGUGAGGACGAGCCGCACUUUAUGGCCGAGAUGCGCACGAUUUGGGCGCAAACCCACGAUGCGGCCGAAGCACUGAAGAAGAUACGCCCGGGAAACAAGUCCGUCGAGGCGCAGCUAAUGUACUGGCUUGCAAACCACGGCUCAAGGGACUACCUCGGCGCGAUCGAGUUCCUACCACGCAACGUUCAGUUACUGUAUAUGCACGCGUAUCAGAGCUUAAUCUGGAAUCGGGUAGCUUCGCGGCGGAUACGAGAGUUUGGGCUGAAGCCGCGCGAAGGUGAUCUGGUUUACGUGGACAACUGCAACGAAACAAUGGCACAGGCGGAUGACGACACCGCGAUGGAGGGAGAUGCAGAGGAUUUGGACAACGUUCAAGCGUUCGAGGAGGAAGAGUCGCAACCCGGUGAACAAGGGGCGGAACCAAACCAGGACCAAUCAAGGCAAUUUGACUGCCGACGAGACAACCAGCGAAACUGGGUCACCCGAGACGGUGAAAACGGUUUCAGAGGAACCUGCGUGUAA